CCUGUGUUCUGUCGGGUCGAAGGCCAAGGGCAUUAGUCGGUCAAACAGGCUUCUACAAACGGAUUCUACGCUCGUAGGGUCGACGUGAAGGCUAGGAGGACACGAAAAAGCGUUAUUAAUGUGGACGCAGUGGCAAGCUUUGACGGGACCAUAAGUAUCACCUAAAUUCCAAGGUAUCCGCGGACUUGACGCGUAGAUGGACACAUGGCUAUGGACGGUUUCCUACCCCAGCCCUUGAGGCGCGCUCCCGUGGCCAUAUACGGCCUGGGCCGGGCUGGCUCGAUCCACUUCGGCAACCUGGUCCGCAACCCCAGGGCCGAGAUCCGGUACAUCGUGGAAGAGUGUCGGGAGAAAGCUGAGCAGGCAAUCCGGGACUGGAGCCUGGAGAAAACCUGCGAAGCGAUCGGUGCGGAGGAUGAGCAGACUGUGUAUGCCGAUCCGAGUAUUUUGGCAAUUAUUGUUUGCACUCCCACCGACGCCCACGAGAGGAUUGUCAGAGCAUCUCUGAAGGCAGCAAAAUCCGUAUUUUGUGAAAAACCGGUUGCCACCAGCAUCACAGCCGUCAACUCGUGCUAUGAAGAAGCCGAGAAAAACGGAUGUUUCCUCUUCUGUGCCUUCAACAGGCGACAUGACCCUUCUAUACGUUUAUUGCGGCAACGAGUGCAAGAGGGCACCCUCGGCCAGGUGCAAUGUAUUAAGACGUGCUCCCGCGACUUCCAGAUGGCAACGGUCGAGUAUCUCAGUAUAUCAGGUGGGAUUUUUCACGACACCGCGGUCCAUGACAUCGACGUGAUCUGCUGGAUCCUGGGUGAGUUUCCGGACGAGGUAUUCGCCCUCGGCCACGCCUUCCACAACGAGGUGGCGGACUGCGGGGACGUGGACCAGGUGGCCAUCACCAUGAAGUUCCCCAGUGGAACCAUUGCCACCAUCGACCUGAACCGCGAGGCCUGCUACGGAUACGACCAGCGCAUUGAGGUUUUUGGAACCAAGGGGAUGUUGGAGACCAAAAACACCAGCUCGACUACCGUGACAAGCCACAAAGACACCGAAGGUUGCACCCAGUCACCCAUCGAGACCCUUUUUGCUAGGCGAUAUGCCCAAUCCUACACGUCUGAAAUGGAGUACUUCAUCAAGCAUAUCUUAGGUCCGUUGAAUCAGAUGGCUGCAGGUCCAGGAAAGUCAGAUUGUCUUGAUGUGAACGUGGAAGUAACCAGAAAGGAAGCAGUCAUGGCGUCUGUGAUUGCCGAAGCCUGCCACCAAUCAUGCAAGCGAGGGAUACCGAUUCAGGUCAACAAAGAUCUGUGACCAGCGCAGGGCCUGGCAUGCGCUGGACGUUGGGCUAAGUGUUCCCGUGAUGCCAACAAGAAAUCGUGAUAUUGCGAGGUUCUCUCUCCAUUUAAUUUAAUAUUCAUAAACUGCUUUAAUGUGAUACUUGAAAUACUUCAAUUAAAUAUCUUCUCAAAAUGAUUGUUCGUGGAAAAAUAUUAUAUGAGUUUUGUUAUUUUCCGUUGCAUAUAGCCAGCUAUAUGUUAGUGCAGGACAAUUUAGUAAUGGCGAAUGGAGGCAGCGAAGUGACAAGAGUCUCGCGGGUCAAGGCCAGGGGUCCAGGGGU